UACAAAAUUGAAAUUUCCUGCGAGAAUUGACAAAUAAAAUGUCUCCGUAGGCAUGUCAACUGUAACAAUGCAACGGGAGCAGCUGUCAUUCUAAAAUAAUAAAAAAUAUUUAACAAUUUCUUGAAGUUCAGUAUUUUCCAGUUUGUGAAUUUUUUUUUCAAUUGUUAUUGUUUCCUCCUGUGGGUGCUGUCGUGUGGUUACUCGUAUUUGAGGUUGGCUGGAGUAUAUCUGAAAUACUUUGAAUGAUUGAGGAACGUGAGGAGGCAAGUCAGGGCUGAUAAAAGUUGAUGGAUGAUUUCUGUCGAUUCACAUAAUUUAUAAGAUGGCACACUUGGUGAAGGAUGUACAACUACCAAGUAUAAUUCCAAAGUUACUUCUGGAGAAGCAUACUAAUUAUUUAGUCUCGUAUGGAACAAAUAAGGAUGAUUAUAUGUAUUGUAUGACGGAAUAUUUAAGAAUGUCUGGAAUGUACUGGGGCUUGACAGCACUGGAUCUCAUGGGCCAAUUGGACCACACCAACAAAGACGAAAUCCUCGAAUUCAUAAGAAACUGCCAAAGCGACUGCGGUGGCAUAAGUGCCAGCUUAAACCACGAUCCCCAUUUACUUUAUACCCUGAGUGCCGUCCAGAUUCUCUGCAUGUACGAUGCACUUGAUGUUAUUGACACUGAUAAAGUAGUCAAGUAUGUGAAAGAACGACAGCAGCCUGAUGGAAGUUUCACUGGAGAUGUCUGGGGAGAAGUGGACACUAGGUUUUCGUUCUGUGCAGUUGCUACAUUGUCACUGCUGAGACGAUUGGAUGCUAUUGAUGUCGAUAAAGCAGUAGAGUUUGUAAAAAGUUGUAUGAACUUUGAUGGAGGGUUUGGAUCCAAACCUGGAUCUGAAAGUCAUGCUGGAUUGAUUUAUUGCUGUCUCGGGCUUCUGUCAAUUACAGGGCACCUACACCUAGUAGAUGCAGACAGACUCGGUUGGUGGCUCUGUGAAAGACAGUUACCAUCUGGAGGUCUGAACGGAAGACCCGAGAAACUGCCCGAUGUUUGUUACUCUUGGUGGGUACUAUCUUCACUCACAAUCCUCGGAAAAUUGCACUGGAUUGAUAAGAAACGAUUGCUGGAAUUUGUCCUGUCUUGCCAAGACACAGAGACAGGAGGGUUCUCUGACCGACCUGGUGACAUGGUGGAUCCGUUCCAUACGUUGUUCGGCUUGACUGCGAUUUCCCUUUUGGAUACGGAGCAUGGACUAAAGUCAAUCAAUCCUACAUUCUGUAUGCCUGAAUAUAUAAUAGAGAAAAUUGGGUUGAAACCUUCCAGACUCGAAAGAUGAUGGCAAUCAUUGUAAAAUACUGUUAUUACACACUCUGAAAAAUGGUUCAUUUGAAUGAAAUAAAAAUCUCUAUUCGAA